AGGUGUAGGGAGCGAGGGAGAGUCGGGCGAGUAGGAGGAACAGUGUGAGUGGGUGUUAUCUGGAUCGUGCACACGGCUCGUUAUCUGGCUCUAGCUGCAGCUCUUCAGCGCUCCGAAACCAGUUUAAGCAGCGUGUGUCCAGAAUGGAUACCAGUGGCCUAAAAGUUCUCGAGACGGCCGAUGACAUCCAGGAGCGUCGUCAGCAGGUCCUAGACCGUUACCGGCGCUUUAAGGAGCUGUCCUCCGUGCGCAGGCAGAAACUAGAGGACUCCUACCGCUUCCAGUUCUUCCGCCGUGAUGCCGACGAGCUGGAGAAAUGGAUCCAGGAGAAGCUGCAGAUUGCCUCAGAUGAGAACUACAAGGACCCCAGCAACCUUCAGGGAAAGCUCCAGAAACACCAGGCCUUUGAAGCGGAGGUUCAGGCCAACUCUGGCGCAAUUGUCAAACUGGACGAAACUGGCAACCUCAUGAUCUCCGAAAGCCACUUUUCCUCCGAGACCAUCCGGAGUCGCUUAGAGGAGCUUCACCGGCUGUGGGAUCUGCUGCUGCAGAAGACGAAGGAGAAAGGUGUGCGUCUGCUUCAGGCCCAGAAACUGGUGCAGUACCUGAGGGAGUGUGAGGAUGCCCUGGACUGGAUCACUGACAAGGAAGCCAUUGUGACAUCUGAGGAGCUGGGUCAGGACUUGGAGCAUGUUGAAGUUCUACAGAAGAAGUUUGAGGAGUUCCAGACAGACCUGGCAGCCCACGAGGAGCGUGUGAAUGAGGUGAACCAGGCCGCAGCUAAACUGACGCAGGAGAACCACCCAGAGGUCGAGCUGAUCAAGAAGAAGCAGGAAGAGGUGAACACAGCAUGGCAGAGGCUGAAGGGUCUGGCCCAGCAGAGACAGGGCAAACUGUUCGGGGCCGCUGAGGUGCAGCGUUUCAACCGGGAUGUGGAUGAAACCAUCAGCUGGAUCAAAGAGAAAGAGCAGCUUAUGGCCUCUGAUGAUUUUGGACGCGACCUGGCCAGUGUUCAGGCUCUCCUGCGCAAACACGAGGGGCUCGAAAGGGACCUGGCUGCCUUGGAGGAUAAGGUGAACACUUUGGGUGGUGAAGCUGAGCGCCUGCAGCAGACUCAUCCCCAGAACGCCACUCAGAUCCAGCUCAAGAGAGACGAGCUCAUUACAAACUGGGAGCAGAUCCGCACUCUGGCUGCUGAGCGCCAUGCCCACCUCAAUGAUUCUUACAGGCUUCAGCGUUUCACUGCAGAUUUUCGUGACCUCACCAGCUGGGUGACGGAGAUGAAGGCUCUGAUCAACGCUGACGAACUGGCCAACGACGUCGCUGGGGCCGAAGCGCUGCUCGACCGACAUCAGGAACACAAGGGCGAGAUCGAUGCCCAUGAGGACAGCUUUAAAUCCACAACUGAAGCAGGAGAGGCUCUUCUGAACACUGGACACUAUGCCUCAGAGGAUGUUAAGGAGAAGCUGGGUAUUCUAGCAGAGGAGAAGGAGUCCUUGCUGGAGCUGUGGGAGCUGCGCAGACAGCAGUACGAGCAGUGCAUGGAUCUACAGCUCUUCUACAGGGACACUGAGCAGGUCGACAACUGGAUGAGCAAGCAGGAGGCUUUCCUCCUGAAUGAGGACCUGGGUGACUCUCUGGACAGUGUGGAGGCCCUGCUGAAAAAACAUGAGGACUUUGAGAAAUCUCUAAGUGCCCAAGAGGAGAAGAUCACUGCUCUGGAUGAAUUCGCCACCAAGCUGAUCCAGAACAAUCACUACGCCAAGGAGGAUGUGGCCACGCGCAGAGAUGCAUUGCUGAGCAGACGUAACGCUCUGCACGAUCGCGCUCAGUCCCGCCGUGCUGCCCUGGAGGACUCCUUCCACCUGCAGCAGUUUUUCCGUGACUCUGAUGAGCUCAAGAGCUGGAUCAAUGAGAAAAUGAAGACCGCCACGGAUGAGGCCUACAAGGACCCCUCCAACCUGCAGGGUAAAGUACAGAAGCACCAGGCCUUCGAAGCAGAACUUUCUGCCAACCAGAGCCGUAUUGACGCUCUGCAGAAGUCGGGUCAGGAGCUGGUUGAUAGGAAACACUACGCCUCUGCCGAGGUGGCCACUCGCAUGGACGAGGUCAGCUCUCAGUGGAAGAAACUUUUGGAAGCAACCGAGCUAAAAGGCAUUAAGCUGCGUGAAGCCAACCAGCAGCAGCAGUUUAACCGUAACGUGGAGGACAUUGAGCUGUGGCUCUACGAAAUGGAGGGACACCUGGCCUCUGAUGACUACGGCAAAGACCUGACCAGUGUGCAGAACCUGCAGAAGAAGCACGCUUUACUCGAGGCUGACGUGGCUGCACACCAGGACCGCAUCGAUGGCAUCACCAUCCAGGCUCGGCAGUUCCAAGAAGCCGGACACUUUGACGCCGACAACAUCCGUAAGAAGCAGGAGGCUCUGGUUGCACGCUACGAGGCUCUGAAGGAGCCCAUGGCCGCGCGAAAGCAGAAGCUCUCCGACUCUCUUCGGCUGCAGCAGCUGUUCCGUGACGUGGAGGACGAGGAGACAUGGAUCAGAGAGAAGGAACCCAUCGCCUCCUCUACCAACCGGGGGAAAGACCUGAUCGGUGUGCAGAACCUGCUGAAGAAGCACCAGGCCCUGCAGGCAGAGAUCACCGGGCACGAGCCCCGGAUCAAGGCUGUUACACAAAAGGGAGAGGCCAUGGUCGAUGAAGGACACUUCGCCGGUGAGGAUGUGAAGGCUAAGCUGGCGGAGCUGCACGGCCGCUGGGAGACUCUGAAAGGGAAGGCAGCUCAGCGCAGGCAGGAUCUGGAGGACUCACUGCAGGCUCAGCAGUACUUCGCUGAUGCCAAUGAGGCCGAAUCCUGGAUGAGGGAGAAGGAGCCCAUCGUAGGCAGCACUGACUACGGCAAGGACGAGGACUCAGCCGAGGCCCUGCUGAAGAAACAUGAGGCACUGACGUCAGAUCUGAGUGCUUAUGGAAGCAGCAUCCAGUCCCUGAAGGAACAGGCUCAGGCCUGCAGGCAACAAGUUGCUCCUACUGAUGAUGAGACCGGUAAAGAGUUGGUGCUUGCCCUCUAUGACUACCAGGAGAAGAGUCCCCGUGAAGUCACCAUGAAGAAAGGAGACAUCCUUACCCUGCUCAAUAGCACCAAUAAGGAUUGGUGGAAAGUGGAGGUGAACGACAGACAGGGCUUUGUGCCGGCAGCAUACGUUAAAAAGCUGGACCCGACUCAGUCAUCCUCCCGCGAGAACCUGCUGGACGAGCAGGGCAGCAUCGCGCUGCGCCAGGAGCAGAUCGAAAACCAGAAUGUGGCCACCAAGGAAGCGUGCAGUGUGUCUGUGCGCAUGAAGCAGGUGGAGGAACUGUACGGUACCCUGCUGGAGCUGGGCGAGAAGCGGAAGGACAUGCUGGAGAAGAGCUGCAAGAAGUUUAUGCUGUUCCGUGAGGCCAACGAGCUUCAACAGUGGAUCAACGAGAAGGAGGGAGCACUGACCAACGAGGAGGUGGGGUCUGACCUGGAACAAGUGGAGGUGCUGCAGAAGAAGUUCGAUGAUUUCCAGAAGGAUCUGAAGGCAAACGAGUCUCGUCUGAGGGACAUCAACAAGGUGGCGUCCGAGCUGGAGUCGGAGGGAUUGAUGGCUGAGGAGGCUCCCAUGGUGCAAGCUCAGCAACAAGAGAUGUUGGGUUCAGCUCCUGGCAAGGAUGAAGCUGACUCUAAAAGUGCUUCUCCGUGGAAGUCUAUUCGCGUGGCUGUCCAAACGACGGCUAACUUUAAUACUAUCAAGGAGCUGAAUAACCGCUGGAGAAUGCUGCAGCAGCUGGCAGAGGACAGAAGCAACAUGCUGGGAAGUGCCCACGAAGUGCAGAGGUUCCACAGGGAUGCUGAUGAGACCAAAGAAUGGAUUGAGGAGAAGAAUCAGGCCCUAAACACUGACAACUAUGGUCAUGACCUGGCCAGCGUUCAGGCCCUGCAACGCAAACACGAAGGCUUUGAAAGAGACCUGGCUGCUCUGGGAGACAAGGUGAACUCUCUGGGUGAGACAGCCGAGCGUCUGAUUCAGUCCCAUCCUGAGGCCGUGGAUGAUAUUCAGGAGAAAUGCACUGAGCUGAACACGGCCUGGAGCAGCCUGGUGGGACGCGCUGAUCAGCGCAAGGACAAACUUGGCAACUCGCACGACCUGCAGCGCUUCCUCAGUGACUUCAGGGAUCUGAUGUCCUGGAUCAACGGUAUCCGUGGACUGGUAUCUUCUGAAGAGCUCGCCAAGGAUGUGACCGGAGCCGAAGCACUGCUGGAGAGACACCAGGAGCACAGGACUGAGAUUGAUGCACGUGCUGGAACCUUCCAGGCCUUUGAGCAGUUUGGGCAGCAGCUGCUGGCACGUGGUCACUACGCCAGUCCUGAGAUUCAGCAGAAACUGGAGGCUUUGGACCGCGAAAGGGAGGAUUUGGAGAAGGCCUGGGUGCAGCGCAGGAUGAUGCUGGAUCAGUGUCUGGAGCUGCAGCUCUUUAACCGUGACUGUGAGCAGGCUGAGAACUGGAUGGCAGCGAGAGAAGCUUUCCUGGCCACUGACGAAAAAGGCGACUCCCUCGACAGUGUGGAGGCUCUCAUUAAGAAGCACGAGGACUUUGACAAAGCCAUCAACGUGCAGGAGGAGAAGAUCGCCGCACUGCAGUCCUUCGCAGACCAGCUCAUUUCUGCCGAUCAUUAUGCCAAACCUGACAUCUUUAACCGUCGCAACGAAGUCUUGGACAGGUGGCGCCGGCUGAAGGCUCAGAUGAUCGAGAAACGCUCCAAGCUGGGUGAGUCUCAGACCCUGCAGCAGUUCAGCAGAGAUGUGGACGAGAUUGAAGCCUGGAUCAGUGAGAAACUGCAGACGGCCACUGAUGAAUCCUAUAAAGACCCAACUAACAUCCAGCUGUCCAAACUACUGAGCAAGCACCAGAAACACCAGGCGUUUGAGGCAGAGCUUCACGCCAACGCUGACCGUAUCCGUGGUGUCAUCGAUACAGGAAAUGCCCUCAUCCAGCGGGGUGCAUGUGCAGGAAGUGAGGACGCUGUCAAGUCUCGUUUGGUGGCUCUGGAUGAACAGUGGAAUUUCCUGGUGAAUAAAUCAGCUGAGAAAAGUCAGAAAUUAAAGGAGGCCAACAAGCAGCAGAACUUCAAUACCGGCAUCAAGGACUUUGACUUCUGGCUGUCGGAGGUCGAAGCUCUCCUCGCCUCUGAGGAUUAUGGGAAGGAUCUGGCCUCGGUCAACAACCUGCUGAAGAAGCACCAGCUUCUGGAGGCUGACAUCUCUGCACAUGAGGAUCGUCUGAAGGACCUCAAUGGCCAGGCUGACAGCCUGAUGGCCAGCAAUGCUUUCGACACCUCUCAGGUCAAAGAUAAACGCGAUGCCGUGAAUGGACGAUUCACUAAAAUCAAGAGCAUGGCUGCUGGACGCCGAGCCAAGUUGAAUGAGUCGCAUCGUCUGCACCAGUUCUUCAGAGACCUAGACGAUGAAGAAUCUUGGAUCAAGGAAAAGAAGUUGUUGGUGAGUUCGGUGGAUUAUGGACGUGAUUUGACAGGAGUACAGAACCUGAGGAAGAAGCACAAGAGACUGGAAGCUGAGCUGGGAGCUCACGAGCCAGCUAUUCAGUCUGUGCUCGACACGGGGAGGAAGCUGUCUGAUGAUAACACCAUCGGGCAGGACGAGAUCCAGCAGAGGCUGGCGCAGUUUGUCGAGCACUGGAAGGACCUGAAGGAUUUGGCCGCUGCCAGGGGGCAGAGGCUGGAGGAAUCGCUGGAGUAUCAGCAGUUUGUGGCUAAUGUCGAGGAAGAAGAAGCCUGGAUUAAUGAAAAGUUGAACCUGGUUGGAAGUGAGGACUACGGUGACACGCUGGCAGCUGUGCAGGGCCUGCUGAAGAAGCACGAGGCGUUUGAGACGGACUUCACCGUCCACAGGGACAGAGUGAACGACGUGUGUGCUAACGGAGACGAGCUCAUCAAGAAGGAGAACCACCACGUGGACAACAUCACGGCCAAGAUGAAGUCGCUGAGAGACAAAGUGUCUGAGCUGGAGAGAGCCGCCGCGCAGAGGAAGGCCAAGCUGGACGAGAACUCCGCCUUCCUGCAGUUUAACUGGAAGGCCGACGUGGUGGAAUCAUGGAUCGGUGAAAAAGAGAACAGCCUGAAGACAGAUGAUUAUGGACGCGACCUGUCAUCAGUUCAGACGCUGCUCACUAAGCAGGAAACAUUCGACGCUGGACUUCAGGCGUUCCAGCAGGAGGGCAUCACCAACAUCACGGCGCUGAAGGAUCAACUCCUGGCAGCCAAACACGUGCAGUCCAAAGCCAUCGAGGCUCGUCACGCUACACUGAUGAAACGCUGGAACCAGCUGCUUGCCACAUCUGCAGCCCGCAAGAAGAAGCUGCUGGAGGCUCAGGAACACUUUAGAAAGGUGGAGGAUCUGUUCCUGACCUUCGCUAAGAAAGCAUCCGCCUUUAACAGCUGGUUUGAGAACGCUGAGGAGGAUCUGACCGACCCUGUAAGAUGUAACUCUCUGGAGGAGAUCAAGGCUCUGCGCGAGGCCCACGACGCCUUCCGCUCGUCCCUGAGCUCCGCCGAGGCCGACUUCAACCAGCUGGCCGAGCUCGACCGGCAGAUCAAGAGCUACCAGGUGGUGUCCAACCCCUACACCUGGUUCACUAUGGAGGCUCUGGAGGAGACCUGGAGGAACCUGCAGAAGAUUAUCAAGGAGCGUGAACUGGAGUUGCAGAAGGAGCAGAGGAGGCAGGAGGAGAAUGACAAGCUGAGACAGGAGUUUGCUCAACAUGCUAACGCCUUCCACCAGUGGCUACAGGAGACCAGGACAUAUCUUCUGGAUGGGUCCUGUAUGGUGGAAGAGUCUGGAACUCUGGAAUCUCAGCUAGAGGCCACAAAGCGUAAGCACCAAGAGAUCCGUGCUAUGCGCAGCCAGCUGAAGAAGAUUGAGGAUCUGGGUGCGGCCAUGGAGGAGGCCCUGAUUCUGGACAACAAGUACACGGAGCACAGCACGGUAGGCCUGGCGCAGCAAUGGGAUCAGCUGGACCAGCUGGGCAUGAGGAUGCAGCACAACCUGGAGCAGCAAAUACAAGCCAGAAACACGACAGGAGUCACAGAGGAGGCGCUCAAGGAGUUCAGCAUGAUGUUCAAACACUUCGACAAAGAGAAAUCUGGUCGUCUGAAUCACCAGGAGUUCAAAUCCUGCCUGCGCUCGCUGGGCUACGACCUGCCCAUGGUGGAGGAAGGAGAACCAGACCCAGAGUUUGAGUCCAUCCUGGACACAGUGGAUCCCAACAGGGACGGCAAUGUGUCCUUGCAGGAGUAUAUGGCGUUCAUGAUCAGCCGCGAAACAGAGAACGUCAAAUCUAGUGAGGAGAUCGAGAGUGCUUUCCGUGCUCUCAGUGCUGAGAACAAACCGUACGUCACCAAGGAGGAGCUCUACCAGAACCUAACCAAGGAACAGGCUGAUUAUUGCAUCUCACACAUGAAACCAUAUUUAGACAGUAAAGGUCGUGAGCUCCCAUCCGCGUUCGACUUUGUGGAGUUUACGCGCUCGCUUUUCGUCAACUGAUCCCUGCCCCUUUGCCUGCCAGUGACCAAUCGGGAUGCGUUUCCCCUCGAGCACCAACACGGCUGAAUUGCAUGAAUCUAACGUUAGCCUUCUCUUUAGCACUCUGUAUCUUUAUCUAUAGAAACCUGAUUCACUUUGAGCUGAUCUCACACACUCUUUGUCUGUGCUUCACUCACUCUAGUGUAGUGUGUGUGUAUGCGUGUUAUUCUGUGGUUGUGUUUCCUGUUUAAGUGCUUUGCUUGAUUUAGAGAAAUCUAUACACUCAAUGAGCUCUGCUGUAACACCGCUCGUAAUUCUGCAGUGUGCAUUAAUAAACGCUACUGGUUAGAACUGGUGACCAUGA